AUGGCGUGGGGGCUCAAGACGAAGCUCGGGCUCGGGUUGCUUGCCACCUACACCCUGUUCGAGAUCUACAUGCAGCUCCGCACCCAGUACGUGAUCUACCACCGCCGCCAACAGGCUAUCGCCGCCGCCGCCGCCGCCAGCUCCAACGACGACGACGCCGACGUGGCGCGGUUCCGCUCGGUAAACAUCAGCGGCAUGUUCGUCAACCCGUUCCAGGAGUACCGCCCGCAGACGGCGUUCGAGUUCAUGGUGGUGCGGUUUAUGGAGUGGCUCGAGUCGAUCUACGGGGUCACGGUGGCGUUGCACCAGCCGCUCGCCAAGCCCCACGACGGCGCCUGCGACGUCGAGGACGUGUUGAAGCGGUUCAAGCCCAGCAUGGACCAGUACCGCCACAACUCGCGCAUUCUCAGCCAGUGCCUUGCUUCGGGUGAUUUCACUCCAUACACCGAGCCGGGCACGCCUCAACCGUGGUGGCAGCAGUUACGCGACGGCGACAACGUCCCGAUAACGUCAUUACCUCCGGUACGCGACCAGGUGUUGUUCACGUGGUUGGGCCAGCUGUGCGGGCUUUUGCAAGUGUCGGGGAUCAACUUCCUCACCGACCCUCAGCUCGGCGACCACCUCAUGCUGACGAAGUUUGGCCCCCAGCGGCUCACGAAGACGCCGAUGCAGUUGGGCGACAUCCGCUACGCCACCGACGACAAUCUCAACUUUGUCCUCGUGUCCCACGACCACCCGGACCACUUGGAGAUGGCGCUCAUCCCCCAGCUUGGCAACCAGGCGACGUGGAUCGUCCCCUUGGGGUUCAAGAAGAAGCUUGCCCGCCGCGGCGUCCACAACGUCGUCGAGAUGGACUGGUGGGACACCGUCGACCUCAACCCGCUCCUCCACCCGCUGGCAAACGUCAACGGCGACCGCUACGAGCUCGUGUGUGUGCCGGCGAUGCACUGGCUGGGCCGCUACGUCGUCGACUCCAACACGACGUUGUGGUGCUCGUACAUCGUCCGCAAGAACGGCGAGCUGAUCGCGUACCACGCCGGCGACACCGGGUACUGCCGCGACCUCUUCGCCGCCAUCGGCGCCCGCUACGGGCCCACGUUGUUGCUGUUGCUCCCCAUCGGCCAGUACUGCCCCCUGUGGCACCAGAAGCCCCGCCACAUCUCCCCCGAGGAGGCCCUUAAAUUGUGCGACCACCUCCAGACUAAGUAUAUGAAGGGCGUCCACUGGGGGACGUUUAAGCUCUCCGGCGAGAGCAUUUUGGAGCCCAAGGAGACGUUGGCGGCGUUGGCGGCGGCCGCGGGCACCGGCGACCGCUACCGCACCCCGGAGUUCGGGUUGACGUACAUGUACGACCUUGGCUCGGGGGCCGAGACCGAGCUCUACCGCGUAUAG